AGACUUGCUGUCGCGCGUUCCAGUCCUCGCGCGCUGUGGCACGUUACGCGCUGGUGCUGAGCGGCCGCGCGCAGUUUCUCGCAGACACGGGUAUUCGCGCGAAGAACUCCGCGUUAGUCAGGCUCGCUCGGCCUCGGGGUGUUCGGACAAAUUUCAUUCACCUCUGGACAGCCGGGAAAGAGGGAGCAGAUGAUGGAGAUGUCCGCCUGAGCAAGUCUAGUUAGCCUGCUGCGUCCGUUAUGUCGGUUAUUCUGGUCAGAGACUGUUCAGCGGCUGGCUUCUUAAAAUGACAAGUCCGCUAUCUGAAGAGUAAUCUCCUCCCAGGAGGCAGGUGAGCAGGGCUGGGCUAGGCUCGCUAGCUAACUCCUGAGGUAACUUGGUAACCGAGCUGCUCGCUAGCGUGCUAAGCUAACCGUGCUCAGCCCCUCAGGCGCCGCCGUGAGACGGUAGCUCGCUUAUAGGAGCCCUGAGCAGCUUCAGAUACCUUCAGAAGGGUCACCUGAGUAUUCGUCAUGCUAUGAAACCUUUACGACUUUAGAGGAGUGAUCUCGGAGGAGUCCUGCGCACCCAGAAUUCAGCCUUAACCAACUUGUGGAUGAUGCAGUGUGACCCCACAUGGCCUGGACUGAGUUUGUAGCCAUGGAGACGUCAGCGUGUCCCAGUCCGCCCCAACAGAAUGGCGAUGUGGUAUCACUCAAACCAACGUCUAGCGAUGUCCUGCAGGUUCACUUGUACUACUGCAUCCAGGGUCAAGGUCAGCACAACAGCGAAUGCUCCACUCUCACGUACCCACCUGGAGACUAUGUGGCAGAAGAAUUGUGCGUCAAGGCAGCCAAAGAGUGUGGUGUCAGUCCCAUGUACUGCAGCCUGUUUGGCCUGAUGCGAGAGAGCGAUCGCAUGUGGUACCCGCCCAAUCACAUCUUCAAAGCAGAUGAAUCCAACAGUGAGAAGCUCCUGUUCAGGAUAAGGUUUUAUUUUCCAGGCUGGUAUGGUAGUGGAUCAAGUAACGCUCAUCGCUAUGGUGUCAUGAAGAGCUCCGAGGCACCUGUGUUUGAUGAUGUCACCAUGGCCUACUUGUUUGCCCAGUGGAGGAGUGACUUUGUGGACGGUUCAGUCAGCGUGCCCAUUACUCAUGAUGCCCAGGAGGAGUGUCUGGGCAUGGCUGUGCUGGAUAUGAUGAGGACUGCUAAAGAGAAGGGGCGGUCCCCUGUUGACGUCUACCAUGACUAUAGCUACAAGAGCUUCCUGCCGAAAGCCAUGCGUACUCACAUCCAGGACUACCACUUUGUGACCCGGAAGCGAAUCCGCUACCGCUUCAGGAAGUUCAUCCAUCAGUUCAGCCAGUGUAAGGCGGCAGUGCGUGACCUGAAGGUGAAAUAUGUGACCAGUCUGGAGUACCUGCAGCCUGCCUUCUACACUGAGCACUUCCUCGUCAACGAGGCCUCCACUGGCCCUGUCACCAUCGUUGUCACGGGCAACCACGGAAUCCAGUGGGUGAAGGGGAAGGAUGUUGGAGAUGUGCAGGAUCUUCAGGUGUACUGUGACUUCCCUGAUGUUAUUGAUAUCAGUGUUAAACAGGCCAGUAAAGACGGAGCCAUAGAGAGGCGCAUUGUUACUAUUAACAGACAGGACGGCCAGACACUGGAGUUGGAGUUCCAAUCUUUGACUGAGGCGUUGUCCUUCGUGUCUUUGAUUGACGGCUACUACAGGCUGACCACAGAUGCACAUCACUAUCUGUGCAAAGAGGUGGCACCCCCUGGAGUUCUGGAGACCCUCCGCAGUAACUGCCAUGGUCCUAUCUCGAUGGAGUUUGCCAUUAGUAGACUUCGUAGCUGUGACAACGCUAAGGGCAUGUACAUCCUGCGCUGUAGUCCUAAGGACUACGACAAAUACUUCCUGUCCUUUGUAGUGGGGUAUGAAGGUGCAUAUGAGUAUAAACACUGUCAGAUAGUACACACUCCAGCCGGUGAGUUUAUGCUGAGUGGAGCUAAGAGUGUCUUCAGCAGUCUGAGUGAACUUCUGCACCGCUACCAGAAGGAGGCACUGCGCUCUGAGGGACAUGUCUUCCAGUUCACCAAGUGCUGUUCACCCAGAAACAAAGACAAGUCCAAUCUGUUGAUUUGCAGGACUAAUCUGGGUACAGAUAUUCCUCCCUCUCCCUCUCACUUCAAACACAACAUCAGUCAGAUGGUCUUCCACAAGAUCCGCAGAGAAGACCUAGAAACCACGGAGAGUCUGGGUCAGGGCACAUUCACGCAGGUGUUCCGUGGUGUGAGGCGAGAGGUGGGGGACUACGGAGAGGUGCACGAGAUGGAGGUGGUCAUGAAGGUGCUGGAGAAGAGCCACCGGAACUACACCGAGUCCUUCUUUGAGGCAGCUAGUAUGAUGAGUCAGCUAUCCCAUAAGCACUUGCUGCUCAACUACGGCAUCUGUGUGUGUGCAGAUGAACACAUCAUGGUUGAGGAGUACGUGCGUUUCGGCUCGCUGGACACCUACCUGAGGAGAGAGCGCUCCUCCAUCAACAUCACCUGGAAGCUGGAGGUGGCCAAGCAGCUGGCCUGGGCCAUGCACUACCUGGAGGAUAAGAAUCUGAUUCAUGGGAACGUGUGUGCCAGAAAUGUCCUGCUCACCAGGGAGGAGGACAGAAGGACAGGGACACCACCCUUCAUCAAACUCAGUGACCCAGGAAUUACCAUCAGUGUACAGCCCAGAGAGAUCCUGAUUGAGCGCAUUCCCUGGUUGUCCCCGGAGUGUGUGGAGAACUGCCACAGUCUCAGCCUGGCCACUGACAAGUGGGCGUUCGGCACCACCCUCUGGGAGAUAUACACGUGUGGAGAGAAACCGCUCAGCUCCUACGACUCCUCCAAGAAACUGCUGUUCUAUGAGGACAGGCACCAGCUUCCAUCCCCUAAGUGGGCGGAGCUAGCGCACCUGAUCAACAGCUGCAUGGACUACGAGCCUUCACAGCGGCCCUCCUUCAGGGCUGUCAUACGAGACCUCAACAGCCUAUUCACCCCUGACUAUGAGUUGUUGGUAGAGAAUGACAUAGGUCCGGUACGGAGUCGUGGGUUUGGUUUUGUCGGGUCGUUGGACAGUCAGGAACCUGCUCAGUUUGAGGCCAGACACCUGAUCUUCCUCCAGCAGCUGGGGAAGGGGAAUUUUGGCAGCGUGGAGAAGUGUCGCUACGACCCUCUGCAGGACAACACGGGGGAGGUGGUGGCUGUUAAGAAGCUGCAGCACAGCACGGCCGAGCACAUGCGCGACUUCGAACGCGAGAUCGAGAUCCUGCGCUCACUGCAGCACGACAACAUCGUCAAGUACAAGGGAGUGUGUUACACCGCGGGCCGUCGGAACCUGAGGCUGGUAAUGGAGUUCCUGCCAUUCGGCAGUCUGAGAGAGUACCUCGCCAAGAACAGGGAGCGCUUCGACCACAAGAAACUGCUACUCUAUGCAUCACAGAUCUGCAAAGGCAUGGACUAUCUUGCAUCCAAGCGCUACAUCCACAGAGACCUGGCCACGCGUAAUAUCCUAGUGGAGAGUGAGUCACGUGUGAAGAUCGGGGACUUUGGUCUGACGAAGGUCCUACCACAGGAUAAAGACUACUACACUGUUAGAGAGCCAGGAGAGAGCCCCAUCUUCUGGUAUGCCCCUGAGUCUUUGACAGAGAGUAAGUUCUCAGUGGCAUCAGAUGUGUGGAGUUUUGGAGUCGUGCUGUAUGAACUCUUCACCUACAGUGACAAGAACUGCAGCCCUCCCACUGUAUUUAUGGAGAAGAUGGGCAUUGAUAAGCAAGGACAGAUGAUCGUGUAUCACCUGAUCGACCUGCUCAAACACAACUACAGACUGCCUAGUCCAGUGGGCUGCCCUGCUGAGGUCUACUCUCUGAUGAAGGACAGCUGGGCGGCUGAGCCCAGCCUGCGGCCUUCCUUCAGGUCUCUGGGCUGCACUGUCGACUCCAUACGGGACAACACGGAGAGCUGAGAGACAGAGAGAGGCACUCCCUCCAGUGCCCACCAGAGGGUGCAGUUCCUGCAGCCUCCUGGGCCCCUGUGGCAGAAUGCUAGCAGUGAAUAGCAGCAGAGUGACAAGUGUGUCCUGCUCUCAACAGCAGCUCACACACACA